UUUAAGUCUCCUUUUUUUAUUUAACUCUCCUUUUUUUUUUAAGAACUUGGGUUGUCAAGAAUUCAUGAUGAAGAGCCUUUUUUUGUCUCUCUUACUUGUCUGUGUUCUGUUUACGAACAGCUUCUCAGAAGUGCAGGGAAAGAAGUGGAAAGGUGAAGGUACAACACAAAACCUGGAAAGUGUUGUCAUCGGAAGAUGCUAUGACUAUAUUAGAACUGUGAAUCCUGCUGUUGGUGAGAAGAAUUGUUCACAGAUAUGGGAAGCAUUUAAAAAUGCAUUUAUUAACAAGGAUCCUUGCAGCAUUCUACCUAAGGACUAUGAAUUAUUUAUCAACCUGUCAUUGCACACAAUUCCACCUAACAAGUCUCUCUUCUGGGAAAAUAAUCAGCUGCUAGUCAAUAGCUUUGCUGGCAGAGGCCGCCGCUACAUGGCUCUGGGUGAUACUCUGUUCGGCUUCUGUGGAGAUUUUCUAAACUGGUGUGGGCAGGCAAACAGCACUGGACUGGACUAUGAAUCCUGCCCUACCACGGAGGAAUGUGAAAACAACGCGGUGGAAUCUUUCUGGAGGAUGGCCUCAAUCACUUAUGCGCAGCACAGUUCUGGGGUGAUACAUGUCUUGUUGAAUGGUUCUGCAGUCGGAGGAGCUUAUCCAGACCCAGGUUUUUUUGCAGAUUAUGAAAUACCUAAUCUCCAGAAAGAAAAAAUCUCACAAAUUGUCAUCUGGGUUGUGGAUGAUAUUGAAGGGCCAGAUAUAGAUUCCUGUGGAAGUCAUACUGUAAAGAUACUAGAAAACAGGCUGAAAAACCUUGGUUAUGAUGUCACCUGCACUGACAAUUACAAGUCUGUAAUGUUCUUACUCUGCCUGGAUUACCCUGAUGAUUCUAAGUGUACCCUUUCAUCAUCUGCACCAACAGCACAAAGAGGACCUAUAUCUUCAGGCAGAGGAGGCAGCUGGAACAAGCUCAUGUUUGUUUCUUUUGUAGGCUUUUUGUUCAGAUUUGCUUUAGUGUACUAAGUUAAUUAACUGAAUCCGUGUCCUCUGUUUGCCUUAGCUGGCUAUAAAUUUGGCUUUAACUAAUUUCUAACUGCACUGUCACCCUAGUUCUGGGAAUGGCAAACCUGCAUAUUAAAACCCUGCAUACGUCUAUCUAGAUACCAACUACUUUUAGUAUAAAAAAUUAUCCUACUGCUGCUAGAAAGCCUCACCCUUCAUUUCCUUUUCUUGAA